GUGGCAGUACAUUGAGCUCCAUAGAGACAGCGCCAGGGCAAGUGAGAGCCAGACGGGCACUGGGCGACUCUGUGCCUCGCUGAGGAAAAUAAUUAAACAUGGGCAAAGGAGAUCCUAAGAAGCCGAGAGGCAAAAUGUCAUCAUAUGCAUUCUUUGUGCAAACUUGCCGAGAGGAGCACAAGAAGAAGCACCCAGAUGCUUCAGUCAACUUCUCAGAGUUUUCUAAGAAGUGCUCAGAGAGGUGGAAGACCAUGUCUGCUAAAGAGAAAGGAAAGUUUGAAGACAUGGCAAAGGCGGACAAGGCCCGUUAUGAAAGAGAAAUGAAAACUUAUAUCCCCCCUAAAGGGGAAACAAAAAAGAAGUUCAAGGAUCCCAAUGCACCCAAGAGGCCUCCUUCGGCCUUUUUCUUGUUUUGUUCUGAGUAUCGCCCAAAAAUCAAAGGAGAACAUCCUGGCCUAUCCAUUGGUGAUGUUGCAAAGAAACUGGGAGAGAUGUGGAAUAACACCGCUGCAGAUGACAAGCAGCCUUAUGAGAAGAAGGCUGCGAAGCUGAAGGAAAAAUAUGAAAAGGAUAUUGCUGCAUACCGAGCUAAAGGAAAGCCUGACGCGGCAAAAAAGGGAGUCGUCAAGGCUGAAAAAAGCAAGAAAAAGAAGGAAGAGGAGGAGGACGAGGAAGAUGAAGAGGAUGAGGAAGAGGAGGAAGAUGAAGAAGAUGAAGAAGAAGAAGAAGAUGAUGAUGACGAAUAAGUUGGUUCUAGCGCAGUUUUUUUUUUCUUGUCUAUAAAGCAUUUAACCCCCCUGUACACAACUCACUCCUUUUAAAGAAAAAAAUUGAAAUGUAAGGCUGUGUAAGAUUUGUUUUUAAACUGUACAGUGUCUUUUUUUGUAUAGUUAACACACUACCGAAUGUGUCUUUAGAUAGCCCUGUCCCGGUGGUAUUUCCAAUAGCCACUAACCUUGCCUGGUACAGUAUGGGGGUUGUAAAUUGGCAUGGAAAUUUAAAGCAGGUUCUUGUUGGUGCACAGCACAAAUUAGUUACAUACGGGGAUGGUAGUUUUUCAUCUUCAGUUGUCUCUGAUGCAGCUUAUACGAAAUAAUUGUUGUUCUGUUAACUGAAUACCACUCUGUAAUUGCAAAAAAAAAAAAAAAGUUGCAGCUGUUUUGUUGACAUUCUGAAUGCUUCUAAGUAAAUACAAUUUUUUUUA